AUGGAUAAACAGAACACUUGCGCAAAAGGUGUAUAUAGGCACAUGGUUUCAAAAGCACAGGCUACAUGUGAUGAUGUGCAAGUUGGACCGAUGAUUCUGCACGAUGGAUCAAGGGUAGGCCAUGGUAUAACUUCGGCAGAAACUGUGUCAACGUAUCGCAGCGAUCUGUGCGAUGAAAAACUUGCAGACGUUAAAGAUAGUCGAGCGAAAGUUGUAGAAGCGUCGGGUACUACCAACCGAAGGCUAAUAUGGCAUCACGAAAACGACAUUCCUUCACAUGCAACCGUAAACUCCAACGUGAAUCCAACAGGUUGUAGGUAUUCUGGAUCCGUGGUGACUCCGGAGCAGUCUCUCGGUUUACCGAUUGACGAUGUCGCAGCCACGGGAAGAGAGGUGGCUGGUAACAAAGGUGAUCGGACGGCUGUUGACCAAUCUAAAACCACAGAGGAAUAUGAUCUUAUUUCGAACACAAGGGAAGCUUUCGCCGCUGUAACUCUAAAAGGCAAGGAUGACCGAUCACUCGGAGCCAUGAACAUCAAUCGGUACAACGAUCUGGAUAGAGGCUUUUUCAAACAAACGCAUUACACGAAGAAUGGUGUAGUGUCAUCCCACCAACGUCAAACAUGUGAUGGAGUGUUCAAAAGAAAUAAAUGUGAAAGGGGAUCCCUGAUACGGGGGCAGAGCGAUGUUGAUGUCACGCCUACGAGGUUUUUUCAAUUGAAAGAUGUUGGCUCCCUGCGUAACAGACCAACGAGGGUUAGCGCUCGACGUCCGUCAGGGUUUUUCUGGCACAAACCAUUCGGCACAACGCAUAGAGAAAGGGUUGCUUUUUUCAGGGGGUUGCCCUAUGUAGAGACGCUAAAUCCGGGAGUACAAAAAUCAUGGCAUCUAGAGGCCAUAUCUGCUCUAACUAGGGAACAAUAUGCUUCUUUGAAAAUGACUAUGCUAAGGCUGACCAAAGGGGGUACAAACGUGGAUCCAAAGUUAUUGAUCAUGCUUUCUAGGGGUAGCUGGGAAGUGCUUCAGGAAGGUACAUUUGGUACAGUUUAUAUCGGGUUUCUUGAAGGGUUGGGAAACUGUGCAGUAAAAGUUCCCGUAUCCCUCAUGGUCCAACAAGAUCCUGUUGGUGUAAUGCGCCGGUAUAUUAACGAAUGGGAUAUUUUAUCUCGUUGUGACCACCCUAAUAUAGUCAAAUUGCGUGGUGGGUUAAUUUUUGGAGUAUUUGACAUCUGGCUUUGCACAGAACUGAUAAAGGGGGCCGACCUUCAUAGCAUCAAAUAUGGACAACAUUCCAAACGUCUCAUUACCACAAAAGCCGGUCUUAAAAUGUGUCGACAACUUGCGAAUGCCAUAUUGUAUCUUCAUACACCCACGGCUGAACGAGGCAAAAUUGUUCAUCGAGAUAUUAAACCGGAAAAUGUUAUAGUCAUGCCAAAUUGGACCAUCAAACUCUGCGAUUUUGGCGACGCGUGGGAAAAUACAAGUGGUUUUGUUGAUAAUAUUUCCGGUGCAACGUGGCUUUAUGCUCCACCUGAACUAUUGAAGCAUAAAUCCAUUAUGGUUGACAUUGUGGGACUGAGUGGAGGUGAAGAAACUGAUCUAGUUGAACUUUCCGAAAAAUGGGAUAUCUGGUCAAUGGGAUGUGUUUUUCAAGAAAUGUUCGGUUACGCUGGCCCUUUCCACUAUUUGGUUGAUGUUCAGGAUGAACCUGCACAAAUAUGCGAGAAAAUGGUGCUCAAUGCCAUCAAGGGACUUGUUCCCCGUAUACCUCAUACGUUGGCAGUGACCAAAAUGGGACAACUUAUUUCACAGUGUCUACAUAAUGAUGCACGAUUGAGACCUACAGCGGCACAGAUUUGUGCUGUUCUACAAGCCCCUGAUGCAACUUUACUCUCGUGA